GUUCUUUAUUUUGCAUUUUCCUUUUAUGGAUGGAUUUAUUCUCUGCCACAUAAGCUUGCCAUCACACAAUUAGUUCUUUAAGAAGGCGACACAUCAGCUCUGCCACAUGUCACAUUAUAGCUCUGCCAAAUGUCACAUUAUAGCUCUGCCAAAUGUCGCAUUUCUGCAACUCCGAGUCUGCUUUAUAUAUAUAAAGGACUAGUAUUUUAACCCGUGCCGCGCACGGGAUUGAACGAAUAUAUCAUAAAAUGUAGAAAUUUGAUAUUCAUAAAUCUAUUAUCUCAUAAAUUAUUUAGGAUUUAUCCCAAGUUCAUGAAAUUUUUUAACCAAAUUGUUAUAUAUUAUUUACUUUUAAAAAUUUUGAAUUUGGAUCUUUAAAUAUUGAUUAAAAUUUGGAAAAUUUUUAAUAAUGAGAUUGUAAGAUAAUUUUUACAAAAACUAUAUUUUGAAUUUAAAUCCUAAGUGUUCGAUAAACAAUAUUUUUGCUUCAAAAACACUAGUUUACAAAAACUUGUAUCCAACUCACAACUCUCUUCAAAAAAAGGAAAAACUCGCAACUUUUUAGCCAAAAUCCCCAAACUGUUCAUGUUUAUCAACCACUCUUUUCCCUAAACAAAGUUUAUACAAACAUCUAUGGAAACCAAUUGAUGUGCCUAUGACUAGUACUGCUUCCCUUCUGUUAUCCAAAAAAGAAAAGGAAAGAAGAGAACAUGUCUAGACUUUAGAGCAACCAAACACAGUAGUUUGACUAGAUAUUAUCUUUUGCUUGCAGUAUAUUUGAUAGGUGCUCUGGGUUUGUAGGUCAUCACAUCAAAAGACUAGGGCCAACCGCACGUCGGUCUUCUCAUCUGCCGUUGUCAGACAUGAUUGUCAAACCUUUGUCACAAUCCCAACCUUUCUUUUGGGUAGUUGAAAGCAACUCAUGACCAAUUUUCAUUGUCCUGAAGAUGCCAUACAACUCGCCCUCCUCAAUGGUUGAGUAGGCAAUGGUUCGUGAUGUACGUCCCGGAUUGGAGUGCCCUAUGAUUCCUGGAGUACCAUUCCGAUUGCUCGGCUCUUGAGUGAGGCGUCACUAUUUGCAUUCAAAUAAUGAGGAAUACCGACCCAAUAGCAAAUUUCUAGAAUGAAGUCUAGAACCGGGAGCAAGUGCAACGAGAUUUGAAUUCUCUCUUGCGCCAACAAUUCGAAAAUCUUGAGGUCCCAACCCUGUCCGGGAUGACUCCAGAUAAGCAAAAACACGUACUCGAGGUUGAACAACAUAACGGGGGCAAAAAGAGAUGCAUUAUGCUUUUGAAUCUCUGUCUUAUACUGAUCAAAAUAUUUCUUGAGAACCAUGGGGUCCUGCAAUUUUUGGAAAUAUGAAUAAACUAAAUAUCUUUGACACUGUACAUCAAAACAAGGUCCCCAUAAUUCUCAAGAAAUAUUUUAAUCGGUAUAAGACAAAGAUUCAAAAGCAUAAUGCAUCCCUCUUUGCCCCCGCUAUGUUGUUUAACCUCGGGUACGUGUUUUCCCUUGUCUGGCGCCAUCGCAGACAGGGUUGGAACCUCAAGAUUUUCAAACUGUUGGCGCAGGAGAGAAUUCAAAUCUCGUUGCACUUGCCCCGGUUUUUGACUUCAUUCCUGAAAUCUGCUAUUGGGUCGGUAUUCCUCAUUAUUUGAAUGCAAAUAAGGGCGCUUCAGUCAAGACUCGGGCAAUCGGAGUGGUACUCCGGGAAUCACAGGGCACUCCCAUUCGGGGCGUACAUCAGGAACCAUUGUCCCAUGCCUACUCAACCAUUGAGAAGGGUGAGUUGUAUGCCAUCUUCAGAGCAUUAAGAAUUAGUCAUGAGUUGCUUUCAACUACCCAAAAGAAAGGAUGAGAUUGUGACAAAAGUUUGGCAAUCAAUAGUUGCAUCCAUUUGAUAUUUGUGGUAGUUGGCAUUUCCAUCAUAUAAUUUAUUAUGCUAAUAUGCUCUAAAUGUGAAUCCCUGAAGACUGGAUGGGUUCUGAAUAUAACAGAUCCCUUCAACCCUAAGCCAUCAUCUUUAUGUGCGUACUUGCACUAUAUUAAUGGGUAUUGCUAUUGUUUUUCCUAUUGCUCAGAUGAAAAUUCUGAAACUUAUGAUAUUUGUCAUGCUCUUUCAAGUCCAUGGUUUUUUUCUUGUUUGACUGACAUAUGACUUCUUAUUUCUUUGUGUUGUAAAGGGACAAGAGAUUCCAAUAGUGCACAGAGUUAUAAAGGCGAGUAAUUUGUUUGUGUUCCAUUUUCAAGAAUCCCUUUCCUAUUACUUGUGUUUUUUUGAUAACAUGGUAAACAUGCUCACUAGCAACCAUUCAUGGAGGUGCACAACGGGUAAACCCCUGCCUUGUGACCCCAGCCGGGAAAAGGAUCACAAGGAUGUAAACUGGUCUAGUUUGCCCACACCACAUGAGUUCAACCAAGAAGGCCAUUAGAUAGCCCCCAAUGUUGUUCCUACGCACAACCAAUUGGUUUGCGUUCCAAUUACCCUACCAAUUUGACUACCCCCAACUUAUAUAUGGAAAUUGCGACAAAAAUGAGUUGAGAUUGUUGCUAUUGUCAUGUCCACAUAAAGCAUGGAACAUGGCCAUGCCUAUCUUAUUUCAAUGAUAUUUUUUGCUUCUAGGUUCACGAGCGCAAAGAUACAGGGGAAGUAGAUAUACUUUCAAAAGGUACUUGUAUGUAUGUUAUUUAGAAAACCUCGGGAUGUAUUUAGAUAAAUCUUUUCUAGAUUU